CGGCGCGCGCGCUCUCCUGUUUCCAGGCGCCGCAGGGUUCCCGGAGCUUCGGCCCCGCCGCGUGCUCGCGCUCGCGCUCACGCUCACACUCACGCUCGUUCCCGGGUUCUCGGGCCGGGAGGGCUCGGAGGCGGUUGCGCGUGCGCUGCCUAGUCUGGUCCCCGCCCCCAAGCGCGCCGGCCUCUCGUGGCAUCGCCGCCAUGUGUUCGUUAGCGUCGGGCGCUGCCGGCGGCCGGGGCGCUGUGGAGGAGGAGGAGGAGGACCUGCCAGGACUGUCAGACAGCGGUGACGAGGCUGCCUGGGAGGAUGAGGAAGAUGCCGAUCUCCCCCACGACAAGCAGCAGACCCCCUGCCUGUUCUGUGACAGGUUAUUUACAUCUGCUGAAGAAACAUUUUCACACUGUAAGUCUGAGCAUCAAUUUAAUAUUGAUAACAUGGUUCAUAAACAUGGACUUGAAUUUUAUGGAUACAUUAAACUAAUAAAUUUUAUUAGACUUAAGAAUCCUCCAGUUGAAUAUAUGAAUUCCAUAUACAACCCAGUGCCUUGGGAGAAAGAAGAGUAUUUAAAGCCGGUAUUAGAAGAUGACCUUUUACUUCAAUUUGAUGUAGAAGAUCUUUAUGAACCUGUGUCAGUUCCAUUCUCAUACCCCAAUGGACUCGGUGAAAAUACAUCAGUUGUUGAAAAAUUGAAACACAUGGAAGCCAGAGCACUGUCUGCUGAAGCUGCGUUAGCUGGAGCACGUGAGGAUCUGCAAAGAAUGAAACAAUUUGCUCAGGAUUUUGUGAUGAACUCAGAUGUCAGAACCUGCUCGUCAUCUACAACUGCCAUUGCAGACCUCCAGGAGGAUGAGGAUGGUGUUUAUUUCAGCUCAUACGGGCAUUAUGGGAUACAUGAAGAAAUGCUAAAGGACAAAGUACGAACAGAAAGUUACCGAGAUUUUAUAUACCAAAAUCCACAUAUCUUCAAAGAUAAGGUAGUUUUGGAUGUUGGUUGUGGAACUGGAAUUCUCUCUAUGUUUGCUGCUAAAGCUGGGGCAAAGAAGGUUCUUGGAGUUGAUCAGUCUGAAAUACUUUACCAGGCAAUGCAUAUCAUAAGACUAAAUAAACUUGAAGAUACUAUUAUGCUAAUUAAAGGAAAAAUCGAAGAAGUUCGUCUUCCUGUAGAAAAAGUGGAUGUUAUUAUAUCUGAGUGGAUGGGCUAUUUUCUUCUUUUUGAGUCCAUGUUAGAUUCUGUCCUUUAUGCAAAGAACAAAUACUUGGCAAAAGGAGGAUCAGUCUACCCUGAUAUUUGCACUAUCAGCCUUGUGGCAGUAAGUGAUAUGAAUAAACAUGCUGAUAGAAUUACUUUUUGGGAUGAUGUCUAUGGCUUCAACAUGUCCUGCAUGAAGAAAGCAGUUAUUCCAGAAGCUGUGGUGGAAGUUUUAGAUCCAAAGACUCUUAUUUCAGACCCCUGUAGUAUUAAGCAUAUAGAUUGCCAUACGACAUGUGUCUCAGAUUUGGAGUUUUCUUCAGAUUUUACCCUAAAAAUCACAAAGACAUCGUUGUGCACGGCAUUUGCUGGUUACUUCGAUAUAUAUUUUGAGAAGAAUUGCCACAACAAGGUCGUGUUCUCUACGGGCCCCCAGAGUACCAAAACACACUGGAAACAAACAGUAUUCCUAUUGGAAAAGCCAUUUUCAGUUAAAGCAGGUGAAGCCUUGCAAGGAAAGAUCACAGUGCACAAGAAUAAGAAAGAUCCACGGUCUCUCAUUGUGACCCUCACAUUGGAUAAUUCAACUCACACUUAUGGUCUCCAGUGAAAAGGCCACAAAACACCACUACUUUGCAGUUUCUAUUGUAGGGGAGGGGUGGAUAGGGAGGGGAGGGAGGGUUUUAUGUGAGCACAUGGAUGAUGGGUCCUUUCCUGAGCUUCCUCAGUAGGAGAGAAGCAUGGCAGGAAUCUGAUGAUGCAGCUAAGGAGGGCACUGCCUAAUCCUGGUGAUCCACCGCCAUAAUCACAUUCUUGGAAGUCUGGUCAGUGAGAUUUAACCAAAUGUAACCCCAACAUUGAGUUUACCUGUAUUGAAAGUCAUUUAAAUUGGCCUAAAUUUGGAACAGAGAUAGUCUUUUGUUGUUUUUAAUAAGUUUCUUACUAUAAAUUUUAAACACUGGUAAUUGAUUAGUUAUUUGGAUGUUUUAUUAAACUAGUAACUGUAUACAAGGUAUUACAUAUUUUAUUGCAGAUUUCCUUUCUGAGGAGUAGUUUUAAUUGUAUUUGCUAGAAUAUCAGGAUAUAAUACAUUAAAAGAGCAGGCAUAAGGGACUAAAAUAUGGAAACGAGACCACACAAAUUGUAUUUGAAGACAGCUUAGUUGAUUGCCACAUAAUUCUGUUCUCAUUUUUUAGCUUCUUCUCUCUUUACAAAUAUUCUUGAGUCAUAUAGUUUUCUAGUAUUGCCCAGGAAAUCUAGUUUCAAUACAUUUAUCCUAGGUUUCACAAAAGUUUAUAAAGAUUGGGAUAAAUAUGUUCUUAUUUAGUAAUACUUUUCUCAAACUAGAUUUAUGUGCAAAGUUAAACAUGUAACUGUUAAUGUACUUAUAUCACUCUAUACAAUUGUGUCAUUUACAAUUAUUGACUCAGUUUGAAACGCAGAACAGAAAACAUUCAAUUAAAUGUAUACAACAACCAUUAGCAUUAUAAAGUGACAUUUCAAUAUAUUAAAGCCUUUUAUAAAAUCAGAAGCAUUUAAAACAAGUCUUGACAAAGGAAUCAUUUUUAAGAUAACGGAAAUUUUAAGAAGUGGGUCACAUGCUUCUUUUCAGUUCACCAGCUGGUUCUUUUUCAAAACAAAACACACAUAAGGCAGCAUAGUUUAGUGUUGAGAAGCAUGAGCUCUGGAGCCAGUUCAGGCCUUGGCUGCAGCUCUUACUUCCUGUGUAAUCUUAGAUUCCUUAACCUCUCUCCCCCUCCAUGAAUGUUGCCAAUUCAUAAACUGAUACAUUUCAACUGUUGAUACUUAGAUCAGUGCCUGGCACAUAGAAAACAGUCCGUACAUGCUAGGUGAUAUUAAUUAUCAUCAUCAUACAGACAGGGACCCCUUCCAAAGAAUAUAUGGCAUCAACACUAGAUCAGUUUGUGAAUUGUCAACCUCAUCAAAUACUACACUAGUAUGUGUGGGGGAAGAUUACAACAGAAAUUAAUAUUUAAUGUAGCAAAAACUGUAUGAAAAAGAAAUUGUCUUUUGGUCUUUAUUAGAAAACUGGACUUCUAGCAAUGGGAAGAAUAACCCCUUCAAAUGAUGAUAUUUCAGAUCUUAGUCUAAGUCUUCCUUCAUAAGCAUGAUUUCUCUUUUCACUGGGCUAAACUAGUCAGCUUGUUUUCACCAUGAUUUGAAUUUAGACCAUUACUGGAAAUGUGUAGUGCUGAUAACAUAGCACAAAGUACUUUAAAUUUUUGUCUGGAAUGGCUUCAUGUACAAAUUUGAGUAGGGUGGGAUGAUAAAACAAAAAUAAGCCCGUAAGAUUUGCCAUUAAAUUUUUAAAGUAACGAAAAUUUACUU